AUGCCUGCCCGUUCGAAGAGGUAUCAGGUCAAUGCAUCAUCGCCCUAUUCGAGCGACAAUCGCGAUGUCGUCGACAUUGAGAAGCAACCAUCGAGGCCGAGGCGCCACUACCGUCGCGAUAGCUACAGCUCGUAUGAUUCAGACAUUGAAGAUGACUCGGAAAGCUCCUCCUCGGUGGCUUCGUAUCGGCCCAUGCUGAACAGAGCGCCGGUGGCACCCGUGCGACGUUCUCGCAGCAGGCCAGGCUAUCGCAUACCUAAUCGGAUCAUGAGAUGGCUUUGUCUCGCGCUACUGGCCUUCUUGGUUCUGUUUAUCUGCACCUUGUUUCGCUUUACCUUCCUUUCAGCUGUCACUCGCGUCAAUGUUCCAUUGCCGAAGCCUGCUGCAAAACCGGCACAGUGGGAGAGUUUCCCUUUAUUGAAACGUUACCAUGGCGGCAUCCGGUCCUUGGUAUCGCGAAGCGAACAGGUGCCAGAGUAUCCCAACGAUAAUCCGGAGAUCUUGGGCGUUGUAAGCGCGGAAGGUGCAAAUGAUACCAUCAUUCAAGCCCGGGACCAGACAUUGCCAUUGUCGAGCUCUAUCUUCAACCCUUAUCCCGACUACUCGUCCGCGGAAUAUGUCAAAAAGUACGGUGAGAAGCGUGACUGCUUCCUUGACGAGGACGAGAACCUACGGAUCCCUCUGGUACAUCACUAUCCGGGUGUGCCUCGUGGGUUUCCAGAUGCGGCCAUGGGCUCCAAUGAGAUGAUCGGUAUCCAAGACGACGUUUGCUUUGACCGUUUUGGGCGUCUUGGUCCUUACGGUCUAGGCUACAGUGUGCGAAAGGGUGGUAUCGGUGCAGGCCUCGAAGGCGAUCGUGAAGGUGCGGAGCGUGUCUGGAACGACGUUCCGCCAGUUGACUUUCGUCGCGUCGACUGGGCUGCGGCGCAGAAUCGAUGCUUGGCUUCGAACAGCCACCGGUUCCGCGAUCUUCCUGCUUCACAAUCCGACCGCUUCCGUACUAUGACCGUGGGUGCACCAGACGCCAAGCAAGCGCCCCAGGACGAGGCACGGUCUGAUGGAAAGUCCUAUCUACCCCGGACUGCAUUCGUGAUCCGCACGUGGAAUGAUUUUCACUACACCCCGGAUGACAUCCUGUAUCUACGAUCCCUCAUUUCCGAGCUAUCACUUCUCUCUGGCGGCGAAUACACCAUUCAUUUCCUGGUCCAGGUCCGGGACGAAACCCUACAAAUCUGGGCUGACGAUGAGGUCUACGAGCGCGUGCUAAACGAGGCCCUGCCAGCCGAGUUCCGCGGCAUGGCUACCCUCUGGUCCGAGCGGCAAAUGAAUCUCAUGUAUCCCGGUCUAGAAGAGACCUGGGCCCGCGGGCUAUCCGUGCACGGCGUAUACCGCAGCACCUACAUGCCCAUGCAAUACUUUGCCCAUCAGCACCCGGGAUACGACUACUACUGGAACUGGGAAAUGGACGCCCGGUACACCGGCCAUUGGUACCACCUCUUCGACAAAGUCAUCAAUUGGGCCCGAGCCCAGCCACGCAAGGGUCUCUGGGAGCGAAACGCCCGAUUCUACGUCCCCUCAGUGCACGGCACCUGGGAAGACUUCCGGCAGAUGGUCCGCGUGCAGACCGACAUCGGCACCAACAGCCCCAACAACCUCUGGAGUGCCGCCGGCGCCUCGCGACCCGGUCAAGACCGCACUCCCGAGUCCCUGAAAGCGCAACAGCAACAACAAGGCGACAAGCCAAUUUGGGGUCCGGAGCGACCUAACGAACCCGACAUCCUCGAAGUCCCCUCGGAAGGCAUCCCACCCACCACGAUCGACAAAGACCGCUACGAAUGGGGCGUCGACGAAGAAGCCGACCUCAUCGUCUUCAACCCUCUCUUCGACCCCGAAGGCACAACCUGGCCCCUCCGCGACGACGUCACCGGCUACGACCACUCCACCGGCCCUCUUCCUCCCCGCCGUGCCUCCAUCAUCACCGCCUCCCGGCUCUCCAACAAACUCCUCCAAACCAUGCACCACGAAACGAUCCACAAGCGCCACACUAUGUUCUCCGAAAUGUGGCCCGCCACGACAGCCCUCCAUCACGGGUUCAAGGCCGUCUACGUACCCCAUUCAGUGUACAUUGACCGCCGCUGGCCGACUCAGUACCUCGAAUCGGUAUUCAACGCUGGCCGGAACGGUGCGUCUGGUGGUGCUCGCACGUCAGUCUUCGGCGAUAGGGAACAUAACUUCCGCGGCUCGACGUGGUUCUACUCUGCUGGGUUUGCGCCGAAUCUGUGGAAACGUUGGCUGGGGUAUAAGGUUGAUAAUGAGGGGGGUGAGCAGGCCGAGUUGGCGGGUGAGGGAAGGAUGUGUUUGCCGCCGAUGCUGUUGCAUCCGGUUAAGGAGGUAGAGAUGAUUAUCGAUGAUGGGGAGGAGAAAGAAGAUGAGUAG